CCGCACCCCCGUACACUUCCCUUCCCCCAUCUGACCCGCCCUUUCCACGCCCCUCACCCCGAUACCGCCCCUUCCUCCUAGGGCCCGCCCUCUCAGACCCAAACCUGGAUUCUGAGCCUAGACCACUUUAGACCCUUACCUGUGUUCUCAGAUGUCUCCCCAUCCGCACUGACGGGGUACUCUUUUCCUCUCCCUUCCUGUUUUGUUAUUUUUUUACACUUGCUCUUUCCCCAUCUCUCUUAAUCCUAAUUUUAGCACAUUUUCCAUCCACCCACAUGUUGGGUCUCCUCUUCCUCCCAGAAUGCUUUUUUUCCCUUUUGAGACAGGGUCUAUGUGGUACUCGUUGGCUUGGAGGUUACUAUGAAGACCAGACUUGCCUCAAACUUUUAGCUAUCCUCCUGCCUCUUCUUCCUGAGUGAUGGGAUUACAGAGUGUCCCAUCACUAAGGGCAACUUUUUAUUAUUCCUGAGACACUGCCCUCAAGUUCCCUUUCUCAGAAGUGUUAUUAGUCUUGUUUAAGAGCAGGUCUCACUUUGUAACCUAGACAGAUCUAGAACUGCUGAACCACCUACCUCAUCCUUCCAAGUGCUGGGAUUACAGACCAAGAUCACUCCAUGGAUGAAGUUACAGCCGUGGUGAAGAUUGAAAAAGGUGUUGGUGGCAAUAAUGGGGGUAACGGUAAUGGUGGUGGUGCGGCCUUUUCUCAGACUCGAAGCAGCAGCACAGGCAGUAGCAGCAGCAGUGGUGGCGGAGGAGGGCAGGAAUCCCAGCCAUCUCCUUUGGCUCUGCUGGCAGCAACCUGCAGCAGAAUUGAGUCACCCAAUGAAAACAGCAACAACUCCCAGGGUCCGAGUCAGUCAGGGGGCACAGGUGAACUUGACCUCACAGCCACACAACUUUCACAGGGUGCCAAUGGCUGGCAGAUCAUCUCUUCCUCCUCUGGGGCUACCCCUACCUCAAAGGAACAGAGUGGCAACAGUACCAAUGGCAGCAAUGGCAGUGAGUCUUCCAAGAACCGCACAGUCUCUGGUGGGCAGUAUGUUGUGGCUGCUACCCCCAACUUACAAAACCAGCAAGUUCUGACAGGUCUACCUGGAGUAAUGCCUAACAUUCAGUAUCAAGUAAUCCCACAGUUCCAGACUGUUGAUGGGCAGCAGCUGCAGUUUGCUGCCACUGGGGCCCAAGUGCAGCAGGAUGGUUCUGGUCAAAUACAGAUCAUACCGGGUGCAAACCAACAGAUCAUCACAAACAGAGGAAGUGGGGGCAACAUAAUUGCUGCUAUGCCAAAUCUACUCCAGCAGGCUGUCCCCCUCCAAGGCCUUGCUAAUAAUGUGCUCUCAGGACAGACUCAGUAUGUGACCAAUGUACCAGUGGCCCUGAAUGGGAACAUCACCUUGCUACCUGUCAACAGCGUUUCUGCAGCUACCUUGACUCCCAGCUCUCAGGCAGUCACGAUCAGCAGUUCUGGAUCCCAGGAGAGCGGCUCACAGCCUGUCACCUCAGGGACUGCCAUCAGUUCUGCCAGCUUGGUGUCAUCACAAGCUAGUUCCAGCUCCUUUUUCACCAAUGCCAAUAGCUACUCAACAACUACUACCACCAGCAACAUGGGAAUUAUGAACUUUACCACCAGCGGAUCAUCAGGGACCAGUUCUCAAGGCCAGACACCCCAGAGGGUUGGUGGGCUACAAGGGUCUGAUUCUCUCAACAUCCAGCAGAACCAGACAUCAGGAGGCUCCCUGCAAGGAAGUCAGCAAAAAGAGGGGGAGCAGAGUCAGCAGACACAGCAACAACAAAUUCUGAUUCAGCCUCAGCUAGUUCAAGGGGGACAAGCUCUUCAGGCCCUCCAAGCAGCACCAUUGUCAGGGCAGACCUUCACAACUCAAGCUAUCUCCCAGGAAACCCUUCAGAACCUCCAGCUUCAGGCUGUCCAAAACUCUGGUCCCAUCAUCAUUCGGACACCAACAGUGGGACCCAAUGGACAGGUCAGCUGGCAGACCCUUCAGCUGCAGAAUCUUCAAGUUCAGAACCCACAAGCCCAGACAAUCACCUUGGCCUCUAUGCAGGGAGUUUCAUUGGGGCAGACUAGCAGCAGCAAUACCACCCUUACACCCAUUGCCUCAGCUUCCUCCAUUCCUGCUGGCACAGUCACUGUGAAUGCUGCUCAACUUUCCUCCAUGCCAGGCCUCCAGACCAUUAACCUCAGUGCAUUGGGUACUUCAGGGAUCCAGGUGCACCAGCUUCCAGGCCUGCCUUUGGCUAUAGCAAAUGCCCCAGGUGAUCAUGGAGCUCAGCUUGGCCUCCAUGGAUCUGGUGGUGAUGGGAUGCAUGAUGAGACAGCAGGUGGAGAAGAAGGAGAGAACAGCCCUGAUCCCCAACCCCAAGCUGGUCGGAGGACUCGGCGGGAAGCAUGUACAUGCCCCUACUGUAAAGACAGUGAAGGAAGAGGUUCUGGAGAUCCUGGUAAAAAGAAACAGCACAUUUGUCACAUCCAAGGAUGUGGCAAAGUAUAUGGCAAGACCUCACAUCUCCGUGCACACUUGCGCUGGCAUACAGGGGAGAGGCCAUUCAUGUGUAACUGGUCAUACUGUGGGAAGCGCUUCACACGUUCAGAUGAGCUUCAGAGACAUAAACGCACACAUACAGGUGAGAAGAAAUUUGCCUGCCCUGAGUGCCCUAAGCGUUUCAUGAGGAGUGAUCACCUGUCAAAGCAUAUCAAGACCCACCAGAACAAAAAAGGAGGCCCAGGGGUCGCCCUGAGUGUGGGCACUUUGCCCCUGGACAGUGGGGCAGGUUCGGAAGGCAGUGGCACUGCCACUCCUUCAGCCCUUAUUACCACCAAUAUGGUAGCCAUGGAGGCCAUCUGUCCAGAGGGUAUUGCCCGUCUUGCCAACAGUGGCAUCAACGUCAUGCAGGUGACAGAGCUACAGUCCAUUAAUAUCAGUGGCAAUGGUUUCUGAGAUUAGACACCUAGGGCCAGAGACAUAUGGGCCAAUACUCACCAAGCCUGGGAUGCAAGAUAGCAUGGGUCCAAGAGACAUGUGGAGGAGAGAGCCAUGAGGCAUUAAUGUGCUUGGUGGUGGGAAGAAUUGGGGGAGGGUACAAGAGAAGAGAUGGGAUUGUGGCACCCAUCUGUCACUGGUGACUCCUUGAAAAUGGAAAAUAUUAGUGAAAAUUCUGUUGGUGCCACCCUUUGAUAAGCAUUUAUUUCAUCCCAGGUUCUUCUUAUACUUCUUACCCCAGCCUCCCUUCCUGCGUUUCCCCUCUGAGCUCUCCCAUGAUGGAUCCCCACCCCACCCCCAAAGCCAUCAUGCCUUGAUAAAUAUAUAUGAUCAUUGAAAUA